CAGCAGACACCGAUCGUUACACCGACGAUAUUGGCGGUACAACUAGUAACUAAUUAUAUACUCGUACAACGACAGCAUGAAAAUAACUGUCAUCCACCCCGAUUUAAAGCAAAGUCAAAUUCGACUUAGUGAGAGAAAAACGACUAAAGUAACGACCUUGUUCAAACAUCUUCCGCUUGGUGCAACUAUCAAAGGGCUGGGGAAGAAGGUUGACGUCGGCAAAGACUGUUUGCUUCAUGAAAUUUUCAAUCAUGACGACGUUAUUGAAGCGGUGUACACACCAAAAAGGGCACGUGUGCGAAGGCUGUCAAGACGGGUGAACGAAUCACCUGACCCGUGCAUGAUCACACUGGACACGACUGACCAAAGGGCCGAAAUGCCAUGUGGACAUUCCAUCACACCACAGGCGUUGUUUGACUACUGCUGGCAUGAACUGGAGAAAGGAAGUUCUAAAAUCACGUGUCCAUACGUCUCAGAAUCCAAGGGAGACAGGUGUGAAUAUAGGUGGCGCUCGGACGUUAUUAUUCUUUAUGCCUCCAUGAAUACAACAGAAAAGAUGGUAUUUAGAAAAAGGCUCGACAUAAACAGAAUACAACAACAGGAACUAGAAUCGUCAAAUGUGUUACCUGAUGACGUCAUCAUCUCAUAUCUCCAUAACUCGCCAAAAUUACCACAUCGUCGUAAUGCUCCGAUGCGCCGGGCAUGUCCCAAAUGCUGGAGUAUUAUUGAACACGUGUCCGGAUGUUUGACAAUGACUUGCAAAUAUCCUUCUUGUAACUUCAAGUUUUGCUUCAAAUGUCUUGGUGACUACUACUCUGAUGAGUACAAUCACAAAACAUGUCUGGCAGCUCCUUUACAGUUUUCAGAUACAAAUUUAAAAUCAUGCCCAAUUCGAUAAUGACUUAAUCAUUUUGUCACAUAUAUGUCAGUUUGGGUAAAACAAUUUCCUCUGUGGGUUAAGCUGUCCGUCGUGUUUCAUUUUAGUUUAAUACCAGAUUAAAUCAAGCAGCAUAUUCAUAAUUCCAUUUUUGAUGUGAUAUUAUGCUUAUUAAAACCUAAUUCAGCCCAUAAUAUAUGUUGUACAUUCUAUUUGUAUCUAAUGCUUAAAUUCAGAAACCUGAACACAUAAAGAAAUUGGUUAAAUAUUGAUUUAACAUGUAAAGAAAGAGAUUCUUUGAAUGUACUGGUAAUUAAGUGAUCAUAACAGUUAUACAUUUCAAAACUUUAAGUUUAUAAAAGGUAAAUGUUACUUGUAAUACAUCUUCCGUCAUUCUUUACUGAAAUAGUUGAAAUUUCUAUACAUGUACCCGUGUGCAGGUAUCUAAUACUUUGAAGAUCUAACAUAUUGGAUCUGAUUCCAGGUACAUGUAUCAGUUACAAG